AUGACCGGCAGCAAGAACAAGCCCUCGGGAAGCAGGGCGCUGCAGGUCGCCCUCCUCGUCGUACUGCUCGUCGCCGCUUCACGGCUCCAAGCCUGCGACGCCGCUCCAGGGUUCUGCGCGAGCAAGUGCGCGGUGCGGUGCGGCAAGGGGAAGGGGAAGGGGCCGGCGUGCAUGAAGCACUGCGGGCAGUGCUGCGUGGAGUGCGCCUGCGUGCCGGCGGCGACGGGGAGAAUCGACGACUGCCCCUGCUACCGCGACAUGCUCACCGCCGGGCCGAGGAAGAGGCCCAAGUGCCCCUGA